ACGUCAAAGAUGGCGGCGUCCUCGUCUUCAGGACGCGUUUUGACUCUUUGCAAACAGUUUCAAAAUGUCUUUAGGAUAUCUUCAGCGAUAAAUGCGCAAAAUUGCGCUGUUAAUUUGGCCAAAUGUCAGAGUUCUCUUCUCAGGGGAACGUCUCCACGCAUCAUCCCAUCUUGGAGCAGUCCGAUCAGCACCGCAGGUCAGUAUCGAGCUCUGCACACAACCAUCAGCAGAAGAGGAUUAGAAGAGUUCUUUGAUUCGGCUGAGAACUGGGGAGAGCCCACUGUGAAGUCAGGUGCACCAUGGACCGCCAAACAACUGAGAACAAAGAGCAACGAGGACUUGCACAAACUCUGGUAUGUGCUGCUGAAAGAAAAGAACAUGCUGCUGACACUUGAGCAGGAAGCAAAAAGGCAGAGGGUCCAGAUGCCAAGUCCAGAAAGAAUAAGGAAGGUUGAGCGGUCCAUGAUCAGACUGGAGACAGUUGUGAAGGAGAGAGAGACCGCACUGCGUCUGCUGCAAACAGGACAAGAGAAAGGCCGACCAGGAACCUGGAGGAGGAACAUAUUUGGAUAUACCUACUGGUAUCGGUUCAAAGAGUACGCUAUUCCCUGGUACAUGAAUAAAAGAUACAAGCGUAAGAGGUUCUACACACCCAAGUUUGUCGAACCACAUAUAAGGCUGCGUAUUGAGAAGCACCUUCGGGAAAGGGCAAGGAAAGAAAACUUAAAGAAGAGAAGUCUUGCCAAAUUAAAGGAGAGGUUCCCUCAGAUUAAGACUCCUGCUUCCUGAAAUUUAUAGCUAUUUUUGGUGACUUUUCAACAUCUGGCUUGUUUGAAUCAGCUCAAGUAUCCAUGGAUAGACUGAAAUUGUUGUCUUGUAUGUUUCCAGCUGUUAUUUGCUCUCAUAAGAUAAAUUAUGCUUGAUCACCCUAAA